CCUUUGCCAGAAGGUUCUCCGCGCUGUGCAGUGUGGGGUUUCUCAGCCGGCUUCUGCUAGAGACGAGCGAGGAUGAUGCCCACACAGAUUAUCCUGUUGAAAGAGGGGACUGACUCCUCCCAAGGUGUCCCCCAGCUUGUCAGCAACAUCAAUGCCUGUCAGGUGAUCGCUGAGGCCGUCCGCACCACCCUGGGCCCACGAGGCAUGGACAAGCUCAUGGUGGACAGCAGAGGUAAAGCUACAAUCUCGAAUGAUGGUGCCACCAUCCUGAAGCUUCUGGAUGUUGUUCACCCAGCUGCUAAAACUCUAGUGGACAUUGCAAAGUCCCAGGAUGCAGAGGUCGGUGAUGGUACCACAUCUGUGACCCUGUUGGCUGCCGAGUUCCUGAAACAGCUGAAGCCAUAUGUGGAGGAGGGGCUACACCCCCAGACCAUCAUCCGCGCUUUCCGUACAGCCACACAGCUGGCUGUGAAAAAGAUCAAUGAAAUUGCUGUUGCUGUGAAAAAGGGUGAUAAGAAGGAGCAGAAGAGCCUGCUGGUGAAGUGUGCUUCCACAGCCCUUAACUCCAAGCUGAUUGCUGUGCAGAAGGAGUUCUUCUCCAUGAUGGUGGUGGAUGCAGUGAUGAUGCUAGAUGAUCUGUUGCCUCUUAAAAUGAUUGGCAUGAAGAAAGUCCAGGGAGGUGCCCUUGAGGACUCCCAGCUGGUGGCGGGCGUUGCUUUCAAGAAGACCUUCUCCUACGCUGGGUUUGAGAUGCAGCCGAAGAAGUACGAGAACCCCAAGAUCGCCCUCCUGAAUGUGGAGCUUGAGCUUAAGGCUGAGAAGGAGAACGCUGAAGUGAGAGUGAAGUCUGUAGAGGAUUACCAAGCAAUUGUGGAUGCAGAGUGGAAUAUUCUCUAUGACAAGCUGGAGAAAAUCUACAAAUCCGGAGCCAAAGUUGUGCUGUCCAAGCUUCCCAUUGGAGAUGUGGCCACCCAGUUCUUUGCUGACAGGGACCUGUUCUGUGCUGGCAGAGUCCAGGAGGAGGACCUCAAGAGGACCAUGAUGGCUUGUGGUGGUUCCAUCCAGACCAGUGUGGGGGCUCUCACAGAUGACGUGCUGGGACAGUGCGCUCUCUUUGAGGAGGUCCAGGUUGGAGGGGAAAGGUAUAACUUUUUCAAAGGCUGCCCUAAGGCCAAGACAUGCACCAUUAUCCUGAGAGGAGGGGCUGAGCAGUUUAUGGAGGAGACAGAGCGGUCGCUGCACGAUGCCAUCAUGAUCGUCAGGAGAGCCAUCAAGAAUGAUUCUGUUGUGGCAGGAGGUGGUGCUAUUGAGAUGGAGCUGUCCAAGUACCUGCGGGACUAUUCCAGGACCAUCCCAGGCAAGCAGCAGCUGCUGAUCGGUGCCUACGCCAAAGCACUGGAGAUCAUCCCUCGCCAGCUCUGUGACAACGCUGGCUUCGAUGCCACCAACAUCCUCAACAAGCUGCGGGCCAAGCACGCCCAGGGCGGUAUGUGGUAUGGUGUGGAUGUGAACAACGAAGACAUCGCUGACAACUAUGAAGCCUGUGUCUGGGAGCCGUCCAUUGUCAGAAUCAACGCUCUCACUGCAGCCUCGGAGGCUGCCUGCCUCAUCCUGUCUGUCGAUGAAACCAUCAAGAACCCGCGCUCCACUAUGGACGGGCCCCCCGGAGGGCAAGGCAGAGGCAGAGGCCGCGGCAGGCCGCACGCCCACUAGAGGGUGCGUGUCGGCUGUUUCAGACAGUCGCAGGACGAGCCCGUAGAGUAGUUCUCGGGACAGUCUGGAAGGCAUGUUGCCCUCGUGCACCCCCCCACUCUCCCCCGCACUUCCGAGGCAGUCAUGUGACUGCCACUGUUUUUGGCACUGUUUAGAUGCAUUGACAUGCAAGCCUUAAAAUAAAUUUGUCUUCAGUUAUUUUGGUUUCUGUAUUUUGGAUUUUAGCACAUGUUAAAAGGUUUACUGUAGGGUUAAUAUAUGAAAAUGUUAACUAAAAUAAACCCUUUAAAAUAAACACUUUUUUUUUUUUUUUUUUUUUAUCAUUAUGCCCUGUUAAUUGCCCUAUUGACCAAAGCAAGUUAUUGUGGAGCAGUCUUUGUGACUCGCAGGGCUAGCUGGCUCACACUGGACCGUUUUCUAUAGCAGUUUCUGUUGCUGUAGUUGUACCGUUCUGGGACAGCAUGUUCAUCAGGUGGAUGUGGAGGUUUUCCUCUUCUAGCAUAUUCCAUCUUUACAGCUUUAGAUUCAGCAACUGCACCAUUUGUGGUAAUUACGUGGUGUUUGUGGAUCGUCUGCUCAUCCACUGGCUGAAUUGCAGAUUUGUGAACUGGAUGCCCAGUCUUGGAUACCCAGUCUUGCCUUGCUGUCUUUAUACAAGUCUAAAUAGACUGUCCCUCAAACAAACCAACCAUCAUAACCACUCUUGCAGUUUCGGGGGGGGGUAUUUCUGUGGAUGUUCUGCUGGUCACUUGGGUGUUUUGCCGUGAGCCACUUCUGUUUUUGUAACUAUUUAUUUUUUGUUUUGCAAAAAUGACAAGUAAACCCCAGUUGACAAAAGA